GCUAUGCUACAGUCGGCAUUAAUUUUUGUUUCUCAUAGGGUGCUCAGGUAUAUAAACUUUGACCUUUCACCAUCGGAAGUGGUGACCCCUGAUUCAGCUUGCCCGUCAUUUUCAACAGUGAUAAAUAAAAUCAUUUAUUUUCAUCUAAGACGAGUUUGCGGCCGAUUCAACGCUUUAUUGAUCCAACAACUAUACCCCCCCACUGUUCCGACCCUGAAGCCGUGAGGUCCUGUGUCGCCGUGAGUCACUGUGCGGUACUGUCUCGUCACUAUAUAAAUGUGUCACUGACCACUCUGUCAGCAAUCUAUUCUGCAGACGUGAGGAUCUGUGUCGCCGUGAAAACACCCUGCAGUUGUUUGGAGCACCAGCGUAUCUCGGAUCUGGAGUUUCACUAGAAUGGCAACUAGAGCCGGAUGUCAUCUGAAACAACGGGAGGGAGAGGAUGGACAGGAUUCUUCCCGUACCCACAAGUGCAGCUAUUGCGACAAGGAGUUUCGCUUCAAAAGUAAGCUCAACCAACACCUGCGAACUCACACUGGUGAGAGACCAUACCAGUGUGGUGAAUGCGGGAACCAGUUUACUCUACUGGCAAAUCUGAAGACACACAUUCGGACUCAUUCUGGUGAGAAACCGCACAAGUGUGGACACUGCAACAAAGGCUUCAGUCAGUCUAGUGAACUGAAGACCCACAUGCGGACUCACACAGGGGAAACCCCGUACAGAUGCGAGGAGUGCAACAAGCAGUUCACUACGGCGUCAAAUCUAAAGAGUCACACGCGGACUCACACUGGGGAAACCCCGUACAGGUGUGAGGAAUGCAGCAAGCAGUUCACCACGCUUACAGAUCUAAAGAGACACAUGCGGACUCACACUGGUGAAAAACCGUACAAGUGUGACGAGUGCAGCAAACAGUUCAGUCAGUCGAGUCAUUUAAAGCUACACAUGCGAACCCACACUGGUGAAAAACCGUACGAGUGUGAGGCGUGCAGCAAACAGUUCGCCCAGUUGUCAAACCUUAAGAGUCACAUACUGACUCACAUUGCUAAGCCAGAGCAUUCCGAAGGACCGAUCUGGAUCAACAUGGCGAGCAGAGCAGCACCUCUUUUGGGAGAAAAUGGGCACGAAAGAGAUGCUACCCGUACCCACAAGUGUAGUGUCUGUGACAAGGUGUUUAGCUGCAAAAGUAAACUCAGCCGACACUUGCGAGCUCACACUGGAGAGAUGCCAUACCAGUGUGGUGAAUGCGGAAAGCGAUGUACUCAACUGAUAAACUUGAGGUCUCACACUGGUGACAACCCACAUGCCUGUGGUAUUUGUCUCAAAGGGUUUAUGUCUGCAUCCAGGCUGAAUAUUCACAUGCGGAUCCACACAGGGGAAAAACCUUACAUGUGUGAUAAAUGUGGCAAGCAGUUUAGGCAACAAAACUGUCUGAAGAUACACAUGAACACUCACACCGGUGAGAGACCGUACAGUUGUGAGGAUUGUGGCAAACAGUGCAGUCGAUUGCACGGUCUGCGAGAACACAUGCGGACUCACACUGGUGAGAGACCUUACAUGUGUGAAAAAUGCGACAAACGCUUUCGUCAGGCGAGUACUCUUCGUGUCCACAUGCGAACUCAUAGCGACGAAAACCUGUCAGUGAAUAUGUAAGGAUCACAUCAUAUGGUUCAUGUAAGAAAUUCAAAAAGACGAGUUUGUUCUAAAUGCCGGUUUUCUUACUGGGAAAGCUCACUUUAAAGUCCUAAAACGAGUUUGUUCUAUUAAAAUUUUAAAGGAGGAGGGCUAAGUAUAAGCUUCACAAGCUUUUUCCCUCCUCCUGCACCUGUUUUAUCCAUUGUUUUUGUUUUGUGUUUUAAUGUAAUACUUGUGUGCGAAUAAAUAAACGAACAAACAAACAAAAUGCUGGCUGUGUUAAUAAGAAAGAUCAUGCAUUCAAUUGUAUACUUUCCUUCUCGAUGUGACCUCUGAUGCACUGUUAAGCAAUCGGCUGUACAUGUAUUCUUUCUAUACGACUUUAUCAUCAUUAGCGAUCGGUUGUAAUAAAGAACGCUAACUUCAUAGUGCAGCCCUCUCUGCUGUGUUGUUGCAUGCUCCAUAUUCCGUUGAUGGACCAGAAGUAGUGUGGAAAUGCGACUGUUUCAGAUGUUUAGACACCGUCCAUUGAAAUAAUUUACCGCUUAUAUUAUAUUAGUUAUAUCUGUGUUUUCUUCGCUUCAUUUGCUAAUUGUCACGUUAUAUUAAACAUGUGGUAUCAGUUGGAUCAUGUCAGUUGAGUCACCAAUGUUACAUUUGCCAUUAACAAGUUCAUUGUAGUGUGCUAGAGUUUGUAGAAUUCAAAUAAUCCAUUGUUGUUAAUAAACUACAACACGAUAUUGCUGUUAACCCUUUGUGCCGUUGUUGACAAGUUGUCCCUUUUCCAUAGAAUAUCUGCUU